UUCCAGCCGCUGCUGGACAACGGCGAGCCGUGCAUCGAGGUGGAGUGCGGCGCCAACCGCGCUCUGCUCUACGUGCGCAAACUCUGCCAGGGCAGCAAGGGGCCAUCCAUCCGCCACCGCGGCGAGUGGCUCACCCCCAACGAAUUCCAGUUCGUCAGCGGCCGCGAGACGGCCAAGGACUGGAAGCGCAGCAUCCGCCACAAAGGGAAGAGUCUGAAGACGCUGAUGUCCAAGGGGAUUCUGCAGGUGCACCCGCCAAUCUGCGACUGUCCGGGCUGUCGGAUCUCCUCCCCGGUGAACCGGGGGCGAUUGGCAGACAAGAGGACAGUCGCUCUGCCUCCUGCUCGGGUCUUGAAGAAAGAACUGACCCCCAGCUUCAUAGCCAGUGAUGGCGACAGCGACGGGAGCGGGCCAGCCUGCGGGCAGCGGCCUGGCUUGAAGCAGGAGGACGACACACACAUCCGGAUCAUGAAGAGAAGGGUCCACACCCACUGGGAUGUGAACAUCUCCUUCCGAGAGACGUCCUGCAGCCAGGAGAGCGACCUUCCCACCCUCCUAUCCAGCCUGCAUCGCGGCAGCCACCUCGUUAUGCCUGAGCAUCAGAGCCGCUGUGACUUCCAGAGAAGCAGCGUGGAGAUAGGCCUGGGUGGUCCAGGUGACCUGUUGGGCAAGAGGCUAGGCCGCUCCCCCCACAUCAGCACUGACUGCCCUUUGGAGAAGAAGGCUCGAAGCAAGUCCCCCCAAGAGACUCUGUUGCUGUCAGAGCUGGGACCCAGCAUGGCCCCUGAGGAUCACUACCGCCGGCUCAUGUCCGCACUGAGUGAGGCCAGCACCUUUGAGGACCCGCAGCGUCUCUACCACCUGGGCCUCCCCAGCCAUGACCUCCUGAGGGUCCGGCAGGAGGUGGCAGCGGCGGCUGUGAGGAGCCCCAGUGGCCUGGAAGUCCACCUGCCCACGUCCACAGGUCCACGUCGGAAGCAGGGCCUGGCUCAGCACCGAGAGGGCAGUGCUCCAGCCGGCACCCCAUCCUUCUCAGAGAGGGAGCUGUCCCAGCCGGCCCCCCUGCUGUCGCCCCAGAAUGCUCCGCACAUCGCUCUGGGCCCCCACCUCAGGCCUCCCUUUUUGGGGGUGCCCUCGGCUCUGUGCCAGACCCCAGGCUUCGGCUUCUUGCCCCCGGCCCAGCCCACCCCGCCGCGGGAGCCCACCCGCCGAACCCCUCGGAAGGGGAGCGUCAGCCCAGCCUCAGCCCGGCCCAGUGAGCCCAAGACCACCGGGGCUGAGCUCUGGGUACAGGAUGGCUCUGAGGAUGAGCCCCCCAAGGACUCAGACGGAGAGGACCCCGAGAUGCUGGCUGUUGGGGGCCGGGGCCUCACCCCAGGUGGAGGGGCCGGCUCUGAGCGGAAGGGACUUCUCUCAGGGUCCCUGCUGCCCCCCUCUCUGCCCUUGAGCGUGCCCUGCGUCAGCCCCUACUUCCACACAGGCGCCAUGGGGGGACUCUUCAGUGAUGGGGAGGAGGCCACCACCCCUGAGGACAUCAGCAAGUGGACAGUGGACGAUGUCUGCAGCUUCGUGGGGGGCCUGUCGGGCUGUGGAGAAUACACACGGGUCUUCAGAGAACAGGGGAUAGAUGGGGAGACCCUGCCCCUGCUGACGGAGGAGCACCUCCUGACCACCAUGGGGCUAAAGCUGGGGCCUGCUCUCAAGAUCCGGGCGCAGGUGGCCAAGCGCUUGGGCCGAGUCUUCUACGUGGCCAGCUUUCCGGUGGCAUUGCCACUGCAGCCACCAGCACUGCGGGCCCCCGAGCGGGCACUCACCUCAGGGGAGCAGCCCCCGUCCCCAGCCACGGCCCCCUCACCCUUUGUGGGGGGACUUCCCACUGCCGGCCAAGCCUCACCCAAGCAAGAGAACGGGACCAUGGCUCUGCUCCCAGGGCCUUCAGACCCCUCCCAGCCUCUGUGCUGAGUUGUGGAGCCCACCCUUUAGUGCCAGCCACUGCAAUGCAAAGGCCCCUCCCCACAGCUGCUUUUCCUCUGGUUUUGGGAGCAAAAACACAAAGAACUUUUAAAAAGAAAACAUGUGACUUAAGAGGAAAGGCAUGUGUUUUCAAAGACUCUGGGGGUGACGCGGAGCCUGGCGCACAGGCCUGCGAUCCAACCUGGGGGCUGCAGACAAACCAAAGACAAGCGGUUCACUGGCCAGGCCGGCCCCUGGCUCCCUUGGGAACGGACUGCAGUGAGAUUUCAGCGUCCUGACAUCAGGUGAGAGCUCAGCUUCCCUCGUGGGCGCCCAGCACCCUUGGGUGCAGCAGUGGGCUGGCUCCACAACGCAGGUGUCAGUCACCAAGGCUGCCACUCCAGUGAUCAGCACAGUGCUUGGUACUUCCUGGUCUUUUAUGUUGUAAAAAUAAAGCCCUGUCCGCCA